AUGACUGGAAGAACUCCUAAGGCCAACAAAGCCAGCGGCUCACCGACCUUAACCAGUAGCGAAGAGGAAGCGAUUAGGGUUUUCACCCGGGAGGGCUGA